AUGGAAGGGAGCGGAAUAGUGGUUGGCUACACGGACCCUUACAAUGACGAGGCUAUGCUGCUGCAACCACCUCGUUGUAAGUUAAGUAAAAGUGAAUCCCAUACUUCAUGGCAGGAAUCAAUGAUUAGCUCAAGCUGGCUGACUUACGUAUUACAAGAAUGGACUGGUGUGGGGUACCACUGUUUAUACUAUAUCAGUCUUAUCUUGUGUGUGUUGCACCUAAUAUUCUUUGCACCUGUUUUAAUUUUUAUAAUCUUUAAUUGCUUUUUAAAUCUUCUCCUGCACAUUUACAAGAGAAAUAAUGGCCUAGAUGAGGAUUUCUCCAGUAAGUCAUGGGACAACGGAAGGUUCAUGGUGGCAUCCAUGUUUAGUAUCUGUGGAAAAUUGUUGUAUGGUUAUGAGCUUCAUGGUAUGGAAAAAAUUCCAGAAGGACCGGGGCUUAUAGUUUAUUACCAUGGAGCCCUUCCUACAGACUACUGCUACUUUAUCUGUAUUCUUUAUAUACAGACGGGAAGACUCUGUUACUCAGUAGUUGAUCACUUAUUUUCUAAGUUACCAGGAAUACAACUGUAUUUAAACCUGUUACCUGGAGUGCACAGUGGAAGAGAUGAAAGUGUUGAAAUUCUGAAGAAAGGCAACUUAUUGAGUGUUGCACCAGGCAGAGUUCGAGAAGCAUUCUGUAGUAAUGAAAACUACAACAUCCUGUGGGGUAAUCACAAAGGCUUUGCUCAAGUGGCCAUAGAUGCAAAAGUGGUGAGUGGUUUCUUGUAUGUGUCUAUAAAUAUGUGUAAUCCACUGAUAAAUGUGUAUUACACAUUGUGGUUCUAUGAACGUUCUCGAUUGCCACUCAUUCCUGUAUAUGGAGGGUUCCCAGUCAAACUUUGCACAUAUGUUGGCGAUCCCAUUCUAUAUGAUCCAAAUAUAAGAGCUACGGAACUAGUUGAAAAGAUAAAGAUUGCCCUUGAAACGCUAAGAGACAGACACCAAAAACUACCAGGAAGUAUACUAAGAGCUCUGUUGGAGCGAUUUGAUAAACAUCAGAAAGAAGACUAG